AUGGCUAACUUUGCUAUAGCCAAUGUUUUGAUACUUCUCUUAAACUUGAGUACCUUACUCAAUGUUCUUGCUUGUCCUUAUUGUCCCUACCCUUCUCCUAAGCCACCAACACACAAACCUCCUGUUGUUAAACCACCAGUUCAUAAACCACCAAAGCCACAACCUUGUCCACCUCCUUCUUCAUCACCAAAACCACCACAUGUUCCAAAACCUCCUCAUUAUCCCAAACCACCUGUAGUUCAUCCACCUCAUGUUCCAAAACCACCAGCAGUGCAUCCUCCUCAUGUUCCAAAACCACCAGCAGUGCAUCCUCCUCAUGUCCCAAAACCACCAGCAGUGCAUCCUCCUCAUGUCCCAAAACCACCAGCAGUGCAUCCUCCUCAUGUCCCAAAACCACCAGCAGUGCAUCCACCUAUAGUGCAUCCACCUUAUGUACCAAAACCACCAGUUGUUAAACCACCGGUUGUUAAACCACCAGUUGUUAAACCACCAGUAGUGAAACCACCUUAUGUCCCUAAACCACCUGUUGUUCCAGUAACGCCACCUUAUAUUCCUAAACCACCUGUUGUUCCAGUAACACCACCUUAUAUUCCUAAACCACCAGUUGUUUUUCCACCACAUGUUCCUCUUCCUCCGGUUGUUCCAGUAACACCACCUUAUGUUCCUAAGCCACCAAUCGUUUUUCCACCACAUGUUCCUCUUCCACCAGUUGUUCCAGUAACACCACCUUAUGUUCCUCUUCCUCCGGUCGUUCCAGUAACACCACCUUUCGUACCAACACCACCUAUUAUUACACCACCGACACCGACAGUACCAGUUCCUAGUCCACCUAGUGAAACACCGUGUCCACCACCACCACCAGAAGUUGUACCUUAUCCACCCCCAGCACAACCAACAUGUUCCAUUGAUGCUUUGAAGUUAGGUGCAUGCGUGGAUGUGCUUGGUGGUCUCAUACAUAUUGGAAUCGGUGGAAGUGCUAAACAAACAUGUUGUCCAUUGCUUCAAGGACUAGUAGAUUUGGAUGCUGCUGUGUGUCUCUGCACCACUAUUAGACUCAAGCUUCUUAAUAUCAACCUUGUUAUUCCCCUUGCUCUUCAGGUUCUUAUCGACUGUGGCAAAACUCCACCAGAAGGUUUCAAGUGUCCAUCAUCAUAG